CUCUAGCUCAAGCCCAUCUGCUGACUGCCCCGUGGCGGAAUAUCUCCAGGAGAGAAGACAAGUGUCUCACACAGGCAGAUCCCACUGUGAGAUACUUCACAAACAGGUGGUCGACUUUUAUGUCAGAUUCGGUUUCCAGAUGGAUUUAAAAUAUAGAGCACACUGCAUCAUUGUGACAAGGGCAUAGAUGGCAAUUGCAAAAUCCUCAUCCAGAUGAAGUUGUCAGAAUCUCCUGGCUACACGUAAGUGGGAGGAGGUGGAUGGGAGCCAUCCUGGUAACUUGCUGCCUGGUCCAACAGCCAGGUUUGGGGGAUAGGAGGAAUGCGGUGGACAUAAUUUAUGUACAUGGACUUCAGCAAGGCUUUUGAUACAAUCCCACAUGACAUUCUGAUAGAUGGCGGAACGGAAGCUCCUCGUUCUCUUUGGCAGCCAGACUGGGACAGCUCAAGAUACAGCCGAGAGAAUUGGCAGGGAAGCCAAGCGGCGCCGCUUUCACUGCAGGGUAGAGGCCCUGGACAGUUACCCUGUGGCGCAGCUGAUCCAGGAGCUGCUGGUGGUAUUUGUGUGUGCAACCACAGGCCAAGGGGACCCGCCUGACAACAUGAAGAAUUUCUGGAGGUUUAUUUUCCGAAAGAACCUGUCCCCCGCCUCCCUUUGCCAGAUGGACUAUGCCGUGCUGGGCCUCGGAGACUCCUCCUAUCCCAAGUUUAAUUUUGUUGCGAAGAAGCUGCACAAGCGGCUGCAGCAGCUCGGGGCCAGCCCCAUCCUGCCAGUAGCCUUGGGGGACGACCAGCACGACUUGGGGCCGGAUGCAGUGGUUGAUCCCUGGCUACUGGACUUGUGGGGAAGGAUCCUACCCUUGUACCCUCUGCCUCCUGGCCUUGGCAUUAUCGGCCCAGAUGUCCUUUUACCUUCCAAGUUCACUCUGCAUUUUCUGGAUGAGCGCUCCAGUGGCUGCGACGGGGAGGCAGCCAGGCAGGCCCCCUCAGAGCUGCACCCCUUUGCUGCCCAGGUGGUGUCCAACCUCAGAGUCACGGCGGAAUCACACUUUCAGGACGUCCGGCUCAUUGAGUUUGAUGUCACAGGCUCUGGGAUUGAGUACAGUGCGGGAGACGUGGUGAUGAUCCAGCCCCGGAAUGCCCCUGAGGACGUGCAGCAGUUCUGCCAACUCCUGCGCCUGGAUCCAGACAGAUGCUUCGUGCUGAAGCCCUCUGAGCCCGGAACCCCCCUUCCUGCCCACUUGCCGCAGCCAUGCACCAUCCAGCACCUGGUCGCCUGCUACCUGGACAUUUCCUGUGUUCCCCGUCGCUCUUUCUUCGAGCUCUUGUCCUGGUUCUCGCCAAACGAACUGGAGCGGGAGAAGCUGCAGGAAUUCAGCUCUGCGCAGGGCCAGGAGGAGCUCUACAGCUACUGCAACCGGCCCCGCAGGACCACCUUGGAGGUCCUCUGCGAUUUCCCUCACACCACUUGUGCUGUUCCGCUUGACUACCUGCUCGACCUCAUCCCCCGGAUCCAGCCCCGUGCCUUUUCCAUCGCCUCCUCCAUGCUGGCUCUCCCCAACAGACUCCAGAUCCUCCUGGCUGUGGUGCAGUACAAGACACGCCUCAGCAAACCCCGACGUGGCCUCUGCUCAACCUGGCUGGCAUCCCUCCGCCCGCAGCAAGGGGCUGUCCGGGUGCCUCUGUGGGUGAAGAGGGGGGGGAUGAAGUUCCCUGUGGAGCCAGACACCCCCAUCAUCAUGAUUGGCCCUGGCACGGGAGUGGCACCCUUCCGAGCAGCCAUACAAGAGCGCGUUGCACACGGCAGGAAAGGGAACUAUUUAUUUUUUGGCUGCCGACAGAAAUCCAAGGACUUUUACUGCGGGGCUGAGUGGCAGGAGCUGGUGAAGAGCGGGCACCUGACUCUCUUUACAGCCUUCUCCAGGGACCAGGAGGAGAAGAUUUAUGUUCAGCACCGAAUUAGAGAGAACAAAGGACUGGUCUGGGAUCUGCUGAGCCGUGGGAACGCUCACAUCUACCUGGCGGGAAAUGCCAAGCAAAUGCCGGCAGCAGUAGCAGAAGCCCUAAAAUCCGUGUUCCAGUUGGAAGGGGACCUGUCCCCCUCAGAAGCCGAGGAGUAUCUAACAGCCUUGGAAAGAUCCCAUCGCUUCCAGAUGGAAACCUGGUCGUAAGCCUGGAGCCGAGCCUGGGACUGCCUGCUCCUGGCCAUUCCCCCGCCCAGCCAAAUGCUUGUAGCUAUGUGGGAGUGUCCAGGCGCAGACAACGUCCAAUAAACCCGUCCGCACCUUGUAUCAGCCUCACACUUCAGUCCGAGGGCGUCUCAGUCGGCACAGUUGCCCUGCCGGUGACAGGGUGUUGGUCCUGGAGGUGGCUGGGUUUGUCCCCACACCAGCCCCUGCACCCAUAGCAGCAGCGUCAGUGUCCGUCACGCUGCCUGUUUACCUGCGCACCUCACCCCUGGCCUGGAGGGGGCGCUCAGUCUCCUUGCCAAGCCGUGCUGGUGCUUUGCCUGUCUAGGCCAAGGCCCCAGACUUCUCCCGCUGGCCACAGAACAGCUGUUUGACGGACUCGAGCUGGUAUCUGUGGAGCUGGCCAAGGGGUGUUAGCGAGCGGCUGCGUAGAUAUGUGCUCUCUUCAGGAACAGGAAGUUUCUCUUUACCUGUCAUCUUUCCUAGGCGGAGCUCAAAGUGCUGAGUCACAUUAUCCCCAUCUCUAGAGGGGAAACUGAGGCGCAAAGAGGGGAAAUGGCUUGCCCAAGGCUAAGUGAGUCCAUGGCAGAAUCAUGAGUAUACCCAGUCACCCGCCCAUGUAAACAAGGCCAUGGUGUCCUGUAUUUCCUCUCCAAGAGUCUGCCUCCUGCUGCAGAAUGGUGGUGUCAUGUAGGGAAGAUAGUGAGUCCUUGAAUACUUGAAGCAGGUGUCACUGAUGCCAGUUCACCUUCCGGAGUCUGCCAGUAGCCUGAACGAUGACUCAGAGAAGUGUGAGCUUCCCCACUCCUCCAGGAGCUGAGCCGACGCCUGCUAAGGACAGUUUAAAUGGGGCAUAAGUCACUGGUUCCCUGCCCAGUCCCUAAUGGCCUCCUGUAUCACCUCCGAGCCAGCAGCCCAAGCAGCCAAGCCUCCUCCCACGCAGUUCUGUGCCACGCAGGCGGGUGAACACGGGGCGGAGGGAGGGGGCUGCUGUCCCAGUGAAUGUAUGCAGAACCUGCACUUGGAAUCUGGAGAGGGGCUGGGGGCUGCGGUUUAGCUGAUCCAAGGCCCAGCCGCACCUGGAAGGGGAGGACUUCUCCAGGAGCCACAUUCACUCUCAGCAACAGCUGUGUGCAGGGCUCCCGGUGAAGGUAGCCAGUGCUUUCACUGGACGCUCAGGCCCAACCCCUUCCUAGGCUCCAGGGGUGCUGGCACAGGGGUCCCUGCUGGCAGAAAUGGGGCUGGAAGCAGCGGCUGCGCAUCCAUGCCUGUGCCCCACACAUCCUCGGGCUCCAGUACAAAGGGCCAGAGGGAGGGGUGCACUCACCACCACAAGUCAGUUCCUUCCCAGCUGUCUGCGGCUCGAGGUGGAGCGUUGCGGCGCUGCUGGUUAGCCGCACAACUCACUUUUAUUCUUCUAUUUCUGGACGUGUUUCUCCUUCUUUUGUUUGUUGUUUAGCACAGACUUGGGUGUUCGGGGGCUCCCCGCCCCUUUCGUUGUAAUCAGGGCCUGCUUUGACCUCAGCGCCGUUUGUUGGUGGCCUUCCCCAGGUGGGUUAGGCCAAAACCCCUGGGUUCAAACCCUGCCAGACCUGUCACAGACCAUUCCGGCUGCCUCCGCUACCUCGGAGAGCCCCACAUCCCCUCUAAGUAAAGGGGCUGCUCCAGCUUUGAGAGCAGACACAGGGAGCUGAGGGAAGACUUCUGGAGCGUUCCCUGAGAGCUGUGGGGUCUGAUUUCCUCUCCCCCCCACCCCCAUACAUCGGUGUAGCUGCUCGGGGGGGCACUCCGGGGCUGAAGAGCUUAGGUGCAGCUUAGGAUACUUUGAAGCUUCAGAGGAGGAAAAGGCCCCAUUCACCAGAGAGAGACUCAAAGGAGGGAAAAGUCUCCUCUAAGGCCAGGGAGCACGGAGACCUCACAUCCUGCUGUGGAGACUGCUGAGGCUUCUCCCUGCCCUAGGACCAACAGGAGUCCUCUGACCAGAGCCCUCCAAACAGAGGGUCGGCUUAAAGAAAUCCUCUUAGACACGUGCUCCGGUAUCGUCUUCCCCAGGUCACAGCCACAGAGAGCGCACGAAGCGUUCACCUGUGCCAUCCCCAGCACUGCUCAGCGGGCCUCACCCUCAGGAACAGGGUCACCAUUACCAACCAGGUGGCUCUCCCGUGAGGAUCUCUGAGUCAUGGAAGACCCCGAAUCCCCUCUGCUGAGGGAUAUUGACCAUGCUUGCUGAUGUCAUAGGAACAGGGCCUGAAGCAAGCCCAUGUAUCAGAGGCCUGGUCUGAGGCCUGAGGCCUGGGCUAAAGUAGUCAAA